AUUUAUUUCAUUCAUUGUGAUUUGUUUGCAAGACAGUGCCGCUGUUUGAAUUUCUAUCUUACUAAUUUUAAAAAAAAGUCCUUUAAAUAUUUUCAUUAAAAGCCUAUUUUCACCAUGAAAAUCGAAGAAGUAAAGAGCACAGCCAAGACUCAAAGAAUAUCAGCGCACAGCCACAUAAAAGGACUAGGGUUGGAUGAAAAUGGUGUUCCUAUUCAGAUGGCUGCAGGUCUCGUGGGCCAAGAAUCUGCGAGGGAGGCUGCUGGAUUAGUCGUGGACAUGAUCCGUAGCAAGAAGAUGGCAGGCCGAGCCCUGCUACUGGCUGGCCCCCCGGGAACAGGCAAGACUGCUAUUGCUCUCGCUAUUGCACAAGAACUGGGUACAAAGGUACCAUUCUGUCCUAUGGUGGGGAGUGAAGUUUACAGUACAGAGAUUAAAAAGACAGAAGUGUUGAUGGAAAACUUCAGAAGAGCUAUUGGUCUCCGUAUUCGGGAGACCAAGGAGGUUUAUGAAGGAGAGGUCACCGAACUCACCCCUGUAGAAACUGAGAAUCCCGCUGGAGGAUACGGUAAAACAGUAUCACAUGUCAUAAUUGGACUGAAGACAGCCAAAGGCACAAAACAGCUGAAGUUAGACCCCACAAUCUAUGAAGCUCUUCAGAAAGAGAAGGUGGAAGUUGGAGAUGUUAUCUACAUUGAGGCUAACUCUGGUGCUGUCAAACGUCAAGGAAGAAGUGACACUUUUGCAACUGAGUUUGAUUUAGAGGCAGAAGAAUACGUCCCUCUACCCAAAGGCGACGUUCACAAGAAGAAGGAAGUGGUUCAGGACGUGACCCUGCAUGACUUGGAUUGUGCCAACGCGCGGCCGCAGGGCGGGCACGACAUCAUGUCCAUGAUGGGACAACUCAUGAAGCCUAAGAAGACUGAGAUCACUGAUAAAUUGAGAAAAGAGAUCAACAAAGUAGUCAACAAAUACAUAGACCAAGGUAUUGCUGAAUUAGUGCCCGGAGUUUUAUUCAUUGAUGAGGUACACAUGCUGGACAUAGAAACCUUCACCUACCUGCACCGAGCGCUCGAAUCCGCCAUCGCUCCGAUAGUGAUCUUCGCGACCAACAGAGGGCGCUGCCAGAUCCGCGGCACCGAGGACAUCGUGUCCCCGCACGGGAUCCCGCUCGACCUGCUCGACCGGCUGCUCAUCAUCAGGACCCUGCCUUAUGACAAGGCUGAGUUGCUGCAGAUAUUGAAGCUCCGUGCCACCACCGAAGGUAUUUCUAUUGAUGAAGAAGCUCUCUCCGCUUUAUCUGAAAUAGGAGCCAACAGUACUCUUAGGUACGCAGUGCAGCUGCUAACCCCCGCCUCACUCACCGCGCGCGCGGAAGGCUCGGCUCGCAUCUCGCCCGCCCACAUCACGGCAGUGCACACGCUGUUCCUCGACGCCAAGUCGUCGGCGAAAAUACUCACCGCGCAGGCUGAUAAGUAUAUGAAGUAGUUUUGCGGGGAGUAAAGGGGUUGUGAGUCUAGAGUGCGACAAAGUUAAGUUUGCAACAGAAUCAAAUGGUAACGUCAAAAUGUUUGUUGGGGCUACAAGGAUUUGUAGCCACUGACACUGACGUGGUACGUCUUGCUCUUCUUAGUUCAUCUAGAGGCAGUUAAAGAAAAGGUUCCGAAUUAUUCCUGUUGCAAAGUUAGCGUUGUCGGAUUCACUGUCACUUUAAAUCUCGAAUGUGAUUAGUUCGCUGGUUGUUUAGAUCACAUAUGAUAUGUUCAAUUUAAAGCUAUAGUGAGGAACAUUUCUCCAUAUAACCCCACGUGGGCUUUUUUACUAGUCGACACUACAGCUGAACUAAUCACAGUAGAGUUAUCGGCAAUCUUGAGAUUGGUGAGAAAACCUCAUAAUUUAGCUCUGUGAACUGAGUUGUAAGCUAUAUGGGAUAGUGUGCCGAAGACUCAGUUCACCGUAUUGCAGUUUAUCAGUAUAUUUUUUCAUAUUUUCUCAAUAUUAAUUCCGACUAUAAAUGUGAUAUGUUUAUGUUUUAACUAGCCUUAUGUUUCGUCAUUCUGAUUAAAUAAGUUUUAAAACUUAAGUUUCUUGUUUAAGUUCAUAAUGCUUAAUGCAAUUUCGUUCUGAUAUAAAAUUCGGUUUUAAGUUUGACCAAAAUGUAAUUGGAUAGGUUAGAUUAAAACGUUGUAUAAUAAAUAAGUUUUUAUUUUAUCGUA